UGAUAAAUUGACAAGUGCAUGGGAUUGGGGCACCAAUUUUUAUCGACUUCGUUCAUAAUUCUUCUUUAUUUAUUUGGAUCUUUCGAAAAUACUUGUAUACGAGUUGGUCGUAUUUGCAGAUUUUUUUACUGGAAUAAAACUUUUAUCAGUGAAACGUUAACGUGAUAGUAUCUAGCAGUGUUAUCAUAUUACGAUCUAUGACUCUUGUGUUUACUUAUCACGUCGAAAUAAGCUAAAUUGGUAUUAUCUAACAUCAAAAAACUGUUGCGUGAUACUAAAAAUGAUACCUGAUAAUGUGACAUUGGUUGUAAAGGCUCCAAAUCAGCAAGUUGAGGACCAAAAUAUCGAAUGCGAGUCAUCGUGGACUGUUCGUCAACUUAAAGGACAUCUUUCAGAAGUUUAUCCCAGUAAACCGAAAACGGACGAACAAAAGAUAAUCUAUAGCGGGCAGCUGUUGGACGACAACGCGGUGCUAAAAGACGUCCUGAGGAGCUAUGAGUGUCAGACUCACACGAUGCAUUUAGUGUGCACGCCCAAGAACAAGAUGGAGGCCCAACAGAGGGAGGGCCUGCGGCAGAGGCGGCCGCAGCCCGAGACCGUGUCCCGGCCGGAGACGAGGCAGAACGAUCAGAACCACACAGUGGAGCUCCAGAACUAUCUCAGCUCGUUUGCGAACACCUACGGAAGGGUGCCGCCGUAUCCGACAUACAUAAAUGACAGGUUGCCCAUACCGACCGAUCCGGCGUUGAUGGCCAAUCACAUGAUGAUGAUGCAGCAGGCGUACAUGCAGUAUAUGCAGCAGUAUGCACAAUUAUACCAACCACAGCCGCAGCCGGCCGCUCCCCCACAGACCCCUCCCCCCGCGCCGCCGCAAGCCCCGCCCCGCGACGAGGAGGCCGCUGAUUGGCUGGACCACGUGUACGCCGCGUCGCGGGUGGCUGUGCUUGUGUCGCUCCUGUACCUGUACGGCAGCCCGGCGCGGUUGUUACUUGUUAUUAUACUGGUCGCCGCAGGCUACCUACACCAAAUUGGCUUCUUCCGCGAUCUGCUCCUAAACCAAAACAACCAACGCAUCGAGAACCGACAGCCAAACCCCGCGCAGCCCCAGCCGGACCGACAGCCGCAUGCCCCCGAGACACCCCAAGCCCCCGAAACCCCUCAAACACCCCAAACCCCAGGUAACGCCCAGAACGACGAUCAAUCCCUGCUAGCCGUAACAUGGACUAUUUUCACAACGUUCUUCGCUUCAUUAAUACCUGAGGCGAACUAGAAUUAUUGUUGUAUAGUUAAUAUUAGUGCAUAGAGCUCCUAUACUGUAAAAAUAUUUGGAUUCCAUUCCAAUGAUACCGAGGAAAUGGAAAAAAUACCGCCAUAUUAAAUGUAUGAAAUAUAAUCCAAAUGUAUAGAAUAGCUAUGUUGAUAAAAAUGUAAUAUUUGUUAAGUUUUCUUUUGGGUAAUGUUCAAACUAAAGCGUUUCCAUACUGACACAGCAAAUUUAUAUCUCAGUGGUGCAGCAGAAAGAAUUUCGGACAUUGACCUUUGAUCCUUAAAGUCAUGCAAUAGAUAGGGUCAAUGUCCCAAAUGUUGUCUACUUCGCGACCCAAGUAUAUCACUUAAAUUGUAGGUGGCAAAUGGAUUAUUAGUACUAAAUACAUUUCCGUGCGUCUCUUGCCAAGUAGUAGAUCAUGGAAAUCCGGAUGAAUUUGUAUAUUAUUCAGUAUGGCGAUGCUGUUAGUUUUUUUUAUAUCAUACACACACUUACCCAGUGAUUCAUACAAAAUGUAUGACUCGCGCGGAUAAAUAACAGAUAAAAUACGUCACCGGCUUGAUUGUAAAAAUUGCGAAAUUUGUGCAGUGUAAAUAGAUAAUUAUACAUAAAAUCCUUAUAUGCCGACGGUACAGUAUAAACACUAAACAGUCGCCAUUUUUUAUCCGCACGACAAGUACAAAUAAUUCGAAACAAUAUUAGUUUUUAUACGACACGCGGUAACGUGCUCAGAUAAAUGCAAAUUAUAUUUUCACCUAGGGUCGCUUAGACUGUUUAACCAAAUAUUAUGUAAAUAAAUUAUUAUUUUAAUGCUUAGCGAUUUAUGUUAGUAAUUGUAUAUAACUUGUGUGGGUUUUGUGUUUUAGUGUUAAUCACAACAUCAACGGGCGCUUCCAUGUAUGUAAAUACUUUUGAAAUAUAUAUAUUUUACAAUUAACCACGUGUCUGUUACAAAAGAAUCACUUGAUGCAUAUAUUUUGCGGCAUUUUAACUCGUUCCCUUUAGCUAAAUACGGAUUUCCGCUUCGGAAACAAUAUGACAGCAAAUCAUUUGUUUGAGACUUUGUGCGUUUCUUAUUAUUAUUUAAAAAUAGAUUUUGUAUCUUGACCAAAGCCAAUUGCAUACUACACGUUUCUCUAGCAUGUAUAUUAUUACCGCCAAAUGAGCAAGUAAACAUAUUACCAUGCUGCAACUCAAUGAUGCUGUCAUAUAUGAAAAUGGAAUAUUUUGAAAUUAUUGAUAGUAAUAUGGAUAUGAUGAAUAUUUGGCUAAAAAAAUUCAUUUAAAUUUGAAUUUAAAGUCAUUAUAGCAAUAACGUUCUAUACACAUAUAUGGACAUUGGACAUAUCAUUCGCAGUCUGAUAGCUGAACGGCAAAAUUGUGCUGCAUUUAGUGCUCGACCGACGGUCAGCGCUGACGUCGGUCGAGCGUUGCUAUAUAACUAUGAAAACAUAUGAACGCUGAUGAAUUGCUACACGCGUAGCAACUACUACGUCGCGUCGAAAACCGUUGGUCGGCUGACGCGCUAUGGCUAUAAAUAAGUGCGAAUUGCGAUCAGUGCCACGCCGGUGUGUAACUAUAUGACUUGAUUAGUCCAUAUGUAUAGAACGCAUUAGUCCUAUUAAAGUUAAGCGCCCGUUGAUAUAUUAAAAAAGUUGUGUACUGUUAGUUGUAAUAAAUAUUAUCUAAUUGGUACAGAAAUUUGUAAAUUUGAAAAGCCAUUGUCAAUAUUAUAAAUCUUCGUUCAUACCAACAUGCGAAUUGGCGUUUAGAUUUUAACUGUGAUAAAUUCAUGGAUUUUAUUUUAAGUAGGUUCAUAGUAACUCUGGGAAUCGAGAAAGGAUGGUAAAAGGUUGUUUUGUGGGGGUCGAAUAUUACGGGUGAUCGAAAUAAUUAUUUAUAUAUUGCUUUUUAAGGUGGUUUCACUUCGUUUAAAAAAUAUUCAUUUUUUUAAGGAGUUGUUCCAAAAUGGGUCCUAUCUUUGUACGUUUACUAGAUAUAUUACCUAAUUAAUAUUAUUAUCUUAGGUAAUUUAUACGUCUAGAUAGAGUCUCUUGACAACCGAUCAAAACAGGCCAGCAAUAUUAGUGUAGUGUGCGUGACAAGCUACGUCUUACACUCACGUUUUGACACUUUGUGUUAGUGUGCGUCAAAAGCUCAAAAUUUAGAGGUUAAUUCUAAAUACAAUUACUUUCGAAGCUUUCACAGCUGUCAUAGCCUAUAUGAUCUAAGAUUUGUCAGGCUCAGAACAGUUAGACGUGACAGUGACAACUGACAUAUACCUUCACGCCAUAUUGAAAUCAUUGCAAAUGUUGCCUUGAUUUAUUUUAUAUUUAACAAAUUUUGUACACAGAAACUCUGCGUAUUUUAGUGCAAUUUCGGGUCAUUAUUAUUCAAUUUCAAGCUGAUCUUUCUAGUGCCCGCCGUACAAGGUCGUGGCUAGGGUCAAUAGUAUUCUGGAACAACUUCUUUGUGUUUCGCCGCAGAACCUUGCGCCGAUGCGGUUAUAGGUACCAUCAACAUAUUCAUUUCGUUAUUGUAUUAUAUCAAAUACAUAAUCUUGUUUUCAAGAUGUGUAGAAAAUGAAUAUUUACUUUGAAAAACCCAUCAGUUAAUGUUAAAUGAAAUUUUUAUUUGCGGUAGAAUGUAUUCUGUAUGUAACAUAUUAUGUAAUUGUAACAGCACUGUUGAUUUUCCAACUUCAUGAAGUCAAAAGAUGAAAUUUGUGACGCAUCGUCGUUGAUGAGAGGUUUUUCAUUUGUAUUCUUGUUCAUGGACUAUUGCUAAGCAGUUUUAACGUAUAUCAUAAUAGAUAUAGAGUGCUGCUGUGAGAUCUUCGAUGGUCGCUCUCAUUUUGAGGCAGAGUCGUUUUAUGUCUUUUUGACUGACACAUUCAUGAAUCACCCAUGAGUUACAAAUUAAAUUUUUUGACGGUCUACUAUCGUUUAAUGUAUGUUUUCAUUAAUGCGUGCUAGAAAAAUUGCAUAGUAGAAAUAGCCAAAUUAAAUGACAUAUCGUAAUUCAUUUCGAAAAAGUUUGCUAAAUAUAUUGUAACCAUUUUGCGGUUUCGUGUUACAUUUCUAUAAUCUAUAUGUGAUUAAGUAAGUUCACAAAAUAGUCUAUUAAAUACAGAAUAAUUAAUUAACACCGAAUACGAAAUUAUAAUAAUAAUUAUCCCCGAAUGCUACCACUCGGAUCUAUUAGUAAUUAUAAGUUGUUUUAUCUUUAUAAUUCCAGAUGGAGAAAAGGCAUUAUAAAACUAAAUAAAAGAUCCCACAAUAUGAGGCCUGAAAUAACUUUACAUCUAUUCUUAUGUAAUAAAAUUAUAUUUUUCAUAACAAUGUAUAAACUUCAUACAAAGAUCAUAAGCAUUUUUAGCGUAAGUUUAUUAAAUUAAAAGCAUGCAGUUUUGAAUCGUUAUGUACUGUGAUAAGGCAUACUUUUGAUUGCUAAAUAAACAUUUUUGAAAUUU